AUGGAGGGAGUACAACAACAACAACAAUUUGUUAACAAGAAUUACCACGAUUAUGAAGAUGGUCUUGCCCCUGGGUAUCGCUUUUGUCCAACCGAUGCAGAACUUAUCGUCUGCUACUUGAAAGCAAAGAUCGAGAAAGAUGUGUAUCCCCCUUGCCGCAUACAUGAAGUCAAUAUCUAUAACUACAAUCCCGAUGAUCUUGCAAAUGAAUACCGAUCGUGUGAUAACAAGUGGUACUUCUUGACCCCGAGAGAACGACAGUGCCCAAAGGGGAGUCGGCCGAAUAGAAAGGUGGGCAACUUUGGGAAAUGGAAGGCAGCACAGAAAGACGCGGCAGUGUUGGAUGUGAAGGGCCAAGAAGUUGGAAGGAAAAGAAGUUUGAACUUCAUGGAUGAAAAUGGGAUCAAGACGUCAUGGCUAAUGCAAGAGUAUACCACCACCCAUCCUAAUCUCCCCAUUGGAACCGGACCACAAACCAUGUUGAGCAAUUGGGUGCUGUGCAAAAUUUAUAAGCUGAAGGAAGAAAAGAACGGAACUACUGGAAACGUUAAUCAGGCGAAACAACAACAAUUUGUAGGCAAGAGAAAGAAUAAUGAUCAAGAAAAUCAGGGAAGUGUGCGCGAUGAACAAAACCAACAACUACACAAUAUUCUUAAAGAUGAACCGUCACCCAAACGAACAAGACUAGCAUCAGACGUCGACUACAACCAACAGCAGCAGAGUACUGACCCUACUUCACAGCAAUAUUAUUACAAUCAUGAGAGCAUGUUAACUACUACAGCCGAUGGUUAUCAUUGUCAACAAAAUCAGAAGCAGAUGUCAUCAAUAUUCAUGAACGCAUCAACAAAUUAUAACACUAGUGCUUCAACUUCUUCUACUACUCCAAAUGAUGAUCAUCAACAAACACCUUCUAGCAUGAUAGUUACUAGUACUCCAAACGAUGAUCAUGAGAGCAUGUUAACGGCGGAUGGUUAUCAUCAUUAUCAACAAAAUCAAGUGAAGCAAAUGUCAUCAUCAAUUACCGCAUCAACUUAUAACGCUACUGCUUCAACUUCUACUACUACUCCAAACGAUGAUCAUCAACAAACGACACCUUCUAGCAUGAUAGUUACUACUACUACUACUACUACGCCUCCAUCGUCAUGUCCGCCCCUCCCAGUAGACAUGUUUUUGGAUGAUGAUGAUUUUGAUUGGGUGGCUGCUAUCGAUUCUUGCGAUGUUCUUGAUGAUAUAUAUAUUCCAGCUGAUGAUCAUCUUUUCCAACCCGACGACGAGUUUGGCCGGUAUCUUCUUGAAGAACUCGUGUUCUGA